CGUAUGGCUAGCAUUUUAUUGCAUAUUUGCUGAUGAAUGAUGUAGCGUACUUAGUUUUAAAAUAGAGUCAAAAACCUGAACUGAUAUUGUUACCGAGUUCCCCAUAUUCAAAUAGCUUCAUUUCCAGGAAAUUGCAGCCUCCAGCGGCCUGAAGUGUUUUCUUUCAGUUUACCAUAGGAUAUCAGGAGGAUCAAUCAAUAGUGAAUCGUUUGCCAAUAGAUUCAGAACAUGGCAAGUGAUGAUCAGAUCAUCAAGGUUGUGGGGGAUCGAUUUUGUGUCCCUUACACGAUGGAGCUUCUUGUCAAGAGGAAAAUACAAUCAUUAUCUAAUGCGCACUAUGAUGUGAUUGAUACUACCGGAAAUGUUCUCCUUCAAGUGGAUGGAGGUGUCUGGAACUUCCAUAAGAAAAGGGUCAUGAAAGAUCCUGCUGGUUUGCCUGUCAUCACGCUACGCGAAAAGCAGGCAUUAUCCUGGAAACAGCAAUGGUUAAUUCAUCAAGGUGAAAGCUCUGAAAAGAAGCAUUUUGUCUGCAGCGUGCAACGAUCCAGUGCUCUCCACAUCAAAAACAAUCUUGAUGUUUACUUAGCAAACAGGUACAAGGAAGAUGGUCGUGAUUUUCGUGUAACUGGAAGUUUUGCAUCCCUUUCUUUCAAAGUUCGGAAAGGCAAUUCAAUCAUUGCAGAGGUUAGCCACAAUUUCACAUGGGGAAGCUGCAAGGGCAAAGAAAGUUUCAAGGUAAAAGUGUAUCCAGAGGUGGACUAUGCCUUCAUUGCAGCUUUAGUAGUGAUUAUGCACGAGAAUGACAAUGCAUAAUCCUCAAUCCAAAGAGGCUUUUUUUUUUUUUUUUUUUUUAAUUCCUCCAAAGCUUGCAUGAAUUCUCUUCUGCUUAUUGCAUAAAAAAAAUGGGAAUCAAGUAAUCAACCUUAAAAUUGAAGUGUAUAAUAUUCCUGAAUCCUGACAGGUUACACAAAUCUAGAAUGCAUUUUUAUUAUUUCCCUUUUUUUGUCUUUUUUCCCUCAUUUGGGGUUGAAUCUUUUGUUUGCUUCAUCAACUUUGAUUUGGUUGAUAUAUUGAAAAUCUCAACAGGCCAACAUCUAGGACUCAGUAAA